AUGAGAGGAUAUGGCGGCGGUUAUGGCAGAAGCAGUUUUGGCGGUGGCUAUGGAAAUAGUUAUGGCGGCGGUUAUGGUAGCAGCUACGGCAGUAGUAGUAGCAGAUAUGGUGGGAGUUCCAGCUACGGCACAAGAGCAUCGUCUAAUAACUACUCGGGAUACUACACCUCAUCUUCAAUUCCAGCUAAUAAACAAGGUUACACCCAACCACAAUAUCAGCCAAAGGGAAAAAACUACCAAAAGCCCAACCAGAACACCACAAAGUAUGGAAACAACUACAAUCAGCUGUCUAAACAAACCCAACCAAAUAAAAAUUACCCACAACAGUCCCAAUACAAGCAAGGGUCCUCUUCAUCGAACAAGAACAACUCAAACUAUAACAAUGGCAAUAAACUGAAUUACUCGAAUUCCAACUCCAGGUAUAGGGAUAAGAAUAAAACAGUCAAGAAUCAAACCAUAAAUCAAAAUGUGAAUGUCAAUCAACAACAGCAACCUCGAGGAAUGUUUGGUCGAUUUGGCGGGGGGUUUGGCAGAAUUAUGAAGUGGCCUUUGAUGUUCAUGAUGUUUGAUAGGUUCAGGAGACCAAGACAUGAACCAAUGCCGCCUAUGCAACAGCCACCACCACAACAACAUCCACCAAUUAUAAAUGUAUACAAUCCACCCGACAAUCAACAACUUCGCGAUAACGUACACCAGCAACCUAGCCACAGAGGAACUACACAAGAGUACAAUGACAUGGACCCUACAGCAAACCAAAGAGGACUUUCAAAGGCACAAAAUAAAGCUCCACUGCACCAUGAUUUAAGCCCAAAUCAAGCUGAACCAUUUGAUGCAAACAAGAGUGACUCCCAAUUGAUCGACGACCCAGUUUAUGUAACAGCAGCAGAUACCACACGGGUAAAAAUUACAAGAGUCAAGAGUGAACCAAAAAGAUUGAGGGAGCUUUCUCAAACUCCAACUACCGAGCCAGCCAGUAGUAAUGCAUCAAGUACACGUGGGAAAGUAAGGGGGGAAGAAACUAACUUGGGUAGUGAAGAAAUCAGCAACUAUCAUACUAAUGAAUUACCCAGUUCAGUGAAUGAGGCAAGAAAUAGUAGCAAGGAUUUACUGAGGGGGUUUUCCAAUCAAACUAUUGGACUAAAAAGCAUGCUUCAACAAUCUCCUACUCAUGAAGGAUGA